GUUCGCAGUCCUUCUAGUUGCGCUGUUGCUAUGGCCUUCGUCCGUGCCGUCGUAUCGGAGUGAGUGACCGGCCCGAGCACCAUGAGUGCCGAGGAGGACGCCAAGUGGCUUCAGUGGGUGACACACCAUUUUGAGACCAUUGCGGGAGAAGACAGGAAAAUCAACCUGCAAGAGCUCAAAAGAACCCUGAACGUGAAAGAGUCCUUCUUUGCCAAGAGAUUCUUCAUUCUGUUUGACUCGGAUGGAAGUGGCACCAUCACGCUUCAGGAGCUGCAGGAGGCGUGGACCCUGCUCAUCCACGGCAGCCCUACAGACAAACUCCAAUUCCUCUUCCAGGUGCAUGAUGUUGACGGGAGCGGCUCCAUCAACGUGGACGAGCUGCGCAUCGUGCUGCAGUCGUGCCUGCGUGAGAGCGCCAUCUCGCUGCCCGAGGAGAAGCAGGACCAGCUGACGCUGGCGCUCUUCAAGUUGGCCAACAAGGACUGCAGCGGCGUCAUCACCUUCGAUGAGCUUCGAGACGAGCUGCAGCGCUUCCCCGGGGUCAUGGAGAACCUGACCAUCAGUGCUGCCCACUGGCUGACUCCUUCCACUGCCAGGCCGCCCCGACACCGUCCUCGCCAGCUGACCUCUGCCUACUGGCACAACCAUCACAGCCACCUGCCCUGCCUGGCCGCCUACGUGGGCCUCCAUGUGAUGCUCUUUGCCCUGGCAGCUAGUGCGCGCCAGGCCCUCGGCGCCAGUGUCAUGGUGGCCAAGGGCUGCGGCCAAUGCCUCAACUUUGACUGCAGCUUCAUCAAGGUGUUCUAUUGGACCCACCUGUCCUACCUCCCAUGUCUGCAUGGGCCCAACUUCUGGAAGUGGCUGCUGGUCCCUGGCACCUUGUUCUUCCUGGAGAAGGCCGUCGGCCUGGCCGCAUCCCGCGUGGAGGCCCUGUGCAUCGUGGAAGUCAACCUCCUCCCUUCCAAGGUCACUCAUCUCCUCAUCAGGAAGCCCCCUCUUUUCCACUACAGGCCUGGCGACUACUUGUAUCUGAACAUCCCCACCAUCGCACACCACGAGUGGCACCCCUUCACCAUCAGCAGCGCUCCCGAGCAGAAAGACACCAUCUGGCUACACAUCCGGUCCCAGGGCCAGUGGACAAACAGGCUGUAUGAGUCCUUCAAGAAAUCAGACCCAGUGGGCUGUGGUUCCGAGAGGCUCUCGAGGAGUUUGAAGAUGAGAAGGAGUCAAAGGAAGCCGCAGGGUUUGCAGCCCCAGCCCAUCUACUUUGGAGCCUCGGCACAGGGCACAGUGGCCUCCAACAAGGAUGUCUCUGUGGAGCUGAUGUCCUACAGGCCCAAGGGAACUCCACAGCAGGGGGAUGAAGGCCUGGUGUACGUGGGGACAAAGGAUGGGCUUCAGGCACAGUGGGAAGCUGCAGCCGAGGACCUGGGCCUGGUCUCCAAGGUGUCCUCUGAGAACCACCGGUUCUGUAACAUCAAGUGCUACAUCGAUGGCCCUUACGGGACCCCCAACCGCAGGAUCUUCGCCUCCGAGCAUGCCGUGCUCAUCGGGGCGGGCGUCGGCAUCACCCCCUUUGCUUCUAUCCUGCAGAGCAUCUUGUACAGGCACCAGAAGAGAACGCACAUCUGCCCCAACUGCCAGCACUCGGGGAGGGAGGGUGUGCCGGAUGCUGACAGGAAGCUCCUCAAGGUGGACUUCAGCUGGAUAAACCGAGGCUAGCGGUCUUUCGAGUGGUUUGUGAGCCUGCUGACCAGACUGGAGAUGGACCAGGCCGAGGAGACUCAGGAGGGUAGGAGAGGGGCGGGGCCUGAGGAUGAUGGAGGUGCGGCAGCGGGGUUCAAGGGCUCUUUAAGAAAGUGUUUAGAUUAUUCUAUUUCUAUCAAAAAUGUGGGGGAGAGGGGGCUGCUUUUUUCCCCCAACAAAAUGUAA